CCUUUACAGAUUGUGAGAAAGAGGAGUUGAUGAAGGCACCUGCGAUACUCACCUCACCCGUCGUAGACAUCUUGCCUAAUCAUGUCACUCAUCUUAACAACGUCAUGCCCCCGCCCCCCAUGGAGAACGAGGUCCUCCUGCGUGACAAAGGAGGAGGAGGAGGCGGAGGAGGAGGAGGAGGAAUAGGAGGAAGGAGAGAGACAGACGUGGUAGGAAGCACCCGAUCCGUCUACUCGAACGGCCUGGCUCCGCUCGCCCGCUCCGACUCGCCCUCCUCACGGUCUUCUCGCUCUUCGUCGUCCACGGUGGCCCUCAACCCCGACUACCUGACGAAGGCCCUGGAGGAGGUGGCCAUGGCCCCCCUAGCGCCCUCGGGUCGUGGAGUGGCGCCGCAGGAGAGCACGGUGUAAUAAAAGGGAAGAGAGACGAUAGAGGGAAAUAGAGAGAGAGAGAAAGCGGAGGAAAUGUCCCCCUUCUGCGUGAGGGUCGAGU